AUGGAAGAAGAACAAUACCCUCUAGUUGAAGAAGAGCUAUGCAAGUUUCAUUCAAUUUCAGAUAUUCCUUUAUUUCUUUGCACAUUAUCAGUUAACUCUACAGAAUUUCUUGUUUACAACGUAGAAAAUAAUAAAAUCUGCGCAAGAAUUCAAAAUCCUGUGCCUUAUAAACUCCAAAUUAGGGGAGCUUCUUGUCUAAUCAAUGGUUCUCAGCUGUUUUGGCUUGGAGGGGCUUCUCAAAAUGGCGAUAUUGUUGGAGCGUGUCUUCUUAUAGAUAUAAAAGAGCAAUCAAUUGAAAUAUUGAGUUCUGGAAAGCCGAGACUUUUGAUUACCCCUGUUUUUCUCGAAAACUUUGUUUAUGAUUUGGGGGCUCUAAAGGCAAUCAUGAAAAACAAGCAAGUAGUGAUAAGUUUAAUUUAA